AUGAACUACGACACUUACUUCCAACAACGACGAGAUGCUUGUGGAAAUCUCUGUUUGUCCACCCAUCAAAAGUUAACAGCUGCCUUACGUAUGAUUGCGUAUGGAACACCUGUCGAUCAAAUCGACGAGAACCUAAGAAUUGUAGAAACCACAUCUAUUGAGACUUUGAAGAUAUUCUGUCUUACAAUCCAUGCAAUAUAUGGCAGAGAGUACCUUCGAUCACCGACACCGGCUGACCUUGCAAGGCUCUUGAGAAAAGGGCAAAAGCGCGGUUUUCCGGGCAUGCUUGGGAGCUUGGACUGCAUGCACUGGGAAUGGAAGAAUUGUCCAACUGCUCACCAUGGAGCUUAUGUGGGCCACCAUGGUCGUCCAACUAUUAUUCUUGAGGCUGUAGCUUCGUUUGACAAAUGGAUUUGGCAUUCUUAUUUUGGAAUGCCCGGUUCACACAACGACCUUAAUAUGCUUUACUCGUCACCCUUAUUUGUGCAGGUACUUGAGGGGCGUGCACCAAAUGUUCAAUUUAUUGUCAAUGGUGCUGAAUACAACCAGGGAUAUUAUCUUGCUGAUGGGAUAUACCCCAAAUGGUCAAAUAUUGUUCAAACAAUUUCUCAACCCCAAGGUCGGAAGAAAAAACUUUUUUCAAGGAAACAAGAGGCGUAUUGCAAGGACGUGGAACGAGCAUUUGGUAUCCUUCAAUCACAAUUUGCCAUCCUUAGAGGCCCUGCUCGCUUUUGGCAUCAAGAAGAUCUUGAGCGAAUCAUGAAUGCGUGCAUCAUUUUGCAUAAUAUGAUCGUGGAGGAUGAGCGUGAUGAAUAUGCUUCCGAUGAUGAUGAUGAUGAUGAUGAUGAUGAUGCAACUUCUAUGGGUCCUACACCUUCAUAUUAUGACCCUGCAGAUGUUCCUGAGAUCGAAGUGCGACGAGAUGCAGCACCACUUGGAGCAUAUUUAGGUAGGCGAAGAAUUAUGAGAGAUGAAAUUUGCCACCAUGCUCUUCGAAAUGAUCUUAUUAAUCACUUGUGGGAUAAGGAAGGGGGAGAAUGA